AGGGGAAGGAGGAGGAAGGCUGAGUCCCCCGCUCGGUCUCUGGCUGCCUGCUGGCUGCCCACUUGGAGUCAGGUGUUCCUGCCAGAUUGGCUGAUCUUGGGAGCUACAGGGAAUUGCUCAUCCUAAAGCAGGUGACCAGUGACAUCAGCCAUGUCAUCCAGGCCUUUUGAAAGUCUGCCUCCUUAUAGACCUGAAUUCAAACCGAAUCAUUAUGCACCAAGCAAUGACAUAUAUGGUGGAGAAAUGCAUGUUCGGCCAAUGCUCUCUCAGCCUGCGUAUUCUUUUUACCCAGAAGAUGAAAUUCUUCACUUCUACAAAUGGACAUCUCCUCCAGGAGUGAUUUGUAUUCUGUCUAUGCUCAUUAUUGUGAUGUGUAUUGCUAUAUUUGCCUGUGUUGCCUCCACACUUGCCUGGGACAGAGGCUAUGGAACUGGCUUACUAGGAGGUGGUUUUGGCUACCCUUAUGGAAGAAGUAGCUUUGGUGGCUAUGGAGGCAGCUAUGGCUAUGGUUAUGGCUACGGUUAUGGCUAUGGAGGAGGCUAUACGGAUCCAAGAGCGGCAAAGGGUUUCCUGUUGGCCAUGGCUGCCUUUUGUUUCAUUGCCUCAUUGGCAAUAUUUGUUACCAGUGUUAUAAGAUCUGAAAUAUCCAGAACAAGAGGAUAUUACUUGACUGUGAUAAUAGUGAGUGCUAUCCUAGGUAUCCUGGUGUUUAUUGCCACAAUUGUCUAUAUAAUGGGAGUCAACCCAACUGCCCAGGCUUCUGGAUCUUUAUAUAGUUCACAAAUAUAUGCCCUCUGCAACCAGUUCUAUACACCUGCAGUUACUGGAGUCUAUGUGGAUCAGUAUUUGUAUCACUACUGUGUGGUGGAUCCCCAGGAGGCUAUUGCCAUUGUGCUAGGAUUCAUGAUUAUUGUGGCUUUUGCUUUAAUAAUUUUCUUUGCUGUGAAAACUUGAAGAAAGAUGGACCGGUAUGACAAGUCCAAUAUUUUGUGGGACAAAGAACACAUUUAUGAGGAACAGCCACCCAAUGUGGAAGAAUGGGUUAAAAAUGUGUCUGCAGGCACACAAGACAUACCUCCACCCCCAUCUGACUACGUGGAGAGAGUCGAUAGUUCCAUGGUGUACUCUUCCAAUGACAAAGUGAAUGGCAAGCGGUCAUAUCCAGAGUCUUCCUAUAAGUCAACACCACCGGUGCCUGAAGUGGCUCAGGAGCUUCCCCUCACUUCACCCAUGGAUGACUUCAGACAGGCUCGAUACAGCAGCAGUGGUAACUUAGAGACACCUUCAAAAAGGGCUCCCACUAAGGGAAGAGCAGGAAAGCCCAAGAUAACAGAGCAAGAUCACUAUGAGACAGACUACACGACGGGUGGAGAAUCCUGUGAUGAGCUGGAGGAGGACUGGAUCAGGGAAUAUCCACCCAUCACUUCAGAUCAACAAAGACAACUCUACAAGCGAAAUUUUGACACUGGCCUGCAGGAAUACAAGAGCUUACAAGCAGAACUUGAUGAGGUCAAUAGAGAACUCUCUCAUCUAGAUAAAGAAUUGGAUGACUAUAGAGAAGAAAGUGAAGAGUACAUGGCUGCUGCUGAUGAAUACAAUAGACUGAAGCAAGUUAAGGGAUCUGCAGAUUACAAAAGAAAGAGAAAUUACUGCAAACAGUUGAAGAGUAAAUUGUCACACAUCAAGAAGAUGGUUGGAGACUAUGAUAGACGGAAAACUUAGAAGGCAGAUGCCACAGUGCUGGAGAAAUUAAGGAAUAUCUAUCUGAUAUCUCUGAAAUGUUCUCAGAAGGCAAAUGACUUUGGACUCUUAUCUAGGAAGCCAAACUCGGUGUUCAUUACAAAGUUUUGGUAGCUUUAAUAUCAUCAGUUUCAUAUCAUCAGUAUUGAAGCAUUUAUAAAUAACUUUUGUUAAUCAACUGGGCUGAACACUCCUAUUAAGGAUUUUAUAGUUUAAACACUGGUUCUCGUAUUAAGAACAAAAUAAUGCUGUUUGAGGUUUUUAAACCUUAAAGGAAGGUCCUGGUAUGAACUGUGCUGUGAAUUUUCACACCCAAGAAAGCAUCUAAUCUUCCCAACAAUGCUUUAGAUAAUUAUUAUUUAUAAUCAUUUUUUUUAAAUAAGAAAACUGGGUCCCUGCAAUGAAGUCUCUGAAGUGAGACUGCUUGUGUACUAGCAUAUGCUUUUGGUUUUGUCUAUUUUAUGACUCCAUUAAUAAUAAAGUCCCUGCCUUUGGAAUUUUAGCUACUGUGUAUACUACAUUCUGCCAACCUCCCUAUUGAUUUUUUUCUGUUAUAAAAAUGAUUAAAAGGGUUUUUUUGUUGC